GGGGAGCUGUCGCUGGCGCUUGGCCAGCCCUAUCACGGUUAGGCUGCCAAGCUACCUAACCUACCUACAUACCUACCGUAAGUACUCAAGUAAGUACCUACCUAGGUAGUGCUGGAAGUGGGCAGCAAGCAAGCGCAGCAGGCUUUGGAAGAUUGGAAGCGGGAGAAUCCAGUGGGGCCAUUCUUUGAGGCGGCUUUUGGUGACCGCUGCAGCAUCUGAAAUCUGGCCCAUUGGUAGGUACUCCUAACUCCUGAACUUAUCUUGAUCGACUUUUCCGACUAUUGAAUCUUUCUUCUCCCUCAUUCUCCUCUUCGAUCUCUCCCGCCCGCUGUAAACGACCUUCUUGCGCCGAACUGGCCCAGCUCACCGAAUUACCACACAAACCGCAACACCCGUGGAUUAACACCUGGCCUCUGUAGACAGCCUCAACAAGAUGAGUGGGCUGGCGACAAAACAGCAAUCUCAGAAGAUAUUCGAGAAGUUGAAGACAAAGCAGGCCAACAAAAUAUGUUUUGAUUGCGGACAGAACAACCCAACCUGGACCUCUGUCCCUUUUGGCAUCUAUCUAUGUCUCGAUUGCUCUUCCAACCAUCGUAACCUCGGCGUGCACAUCUCAUUCGUGCGCUCUACAAACCUCGAUCAAUGGCAAUGGGAUCAGCUUCGCGUAAUGAAAGUAGGCGGCAAUGAGUCGGCAACUAAGUUCUUCCGCUCCAACGGAGGUAGCGCGGCGCUCGCGAGCAAGGACCCAAAAACCAAGUACCAGUCGCCCGCGGCUUCCAAGUAUAAAGAAGAGCUGAAGAAGCGAGCUGCUCGUGAUGCGAUUGAAUAUCCUGAAGAAGUUGUCAUCACCGAUGUUGCGGGUGACAGUGCCGGGAACUCAUCAACUCCGGCUAGCGAACCAGCCGACGACUUUUUCUCUUCAUGGGAUAAACCUUCCAUCAAGAAGCCCACUCCUCCUAUAUCGCGAACUGGCACCCCCCCAGUAGUCGGCCGAACGCCCUCCCCCUUCCUAAACGCCGGCGCGAAUGGAAAAGAUAUCGCUAGAUCAGCCUCGCCUCUCUCCAAGGAGUCGUCUGAAGCCAAACCUGCCGCUAGCAAAAUCACUACAUCUGCAGCGUUACGAAAGACAACCGCUACUGGACCCCGCAAGGCCAAUAUUCUUGGCGCAAAAAAGACCACCACGAAACUUGGGGCAAAGAAGGUUGCCGACGUAAUUGACUUUGAUGAAGCCGAAAAGCGGGCGAAAGAAGAGGCUGAGCGAAUUGAGAAGCUUGGUUACGAUCCUGAAGCCGAAGCAGCAGAAGCCAAGACCACUGCAACUACAUCGUCCAAAGGCGAGGCUUCCAACGUUGUUUCGCCAACUGCCCCAAGCGCGAGCAGCUAUAGCUCCAACCAUACUCGCCAGAAGUCUGCUGCUGAGGUAGAGCGAUUAGGUAUGGGUUUUGGAAGGCUUGGUUUCGGGCAAGUUGGAGGCAGCAAGGCAGCCGCGGCCGCGCCAACCAAGAAGAAUGCCGGUGGUUUUGGUUCAGUCGGCCCUGUGAAGGCGGCUCCUGAAGCGGAUGAAGAACGUUAUGCAAGGAACAAAUUUGGAAGCCAAAAGGGUAUCUCAUCCGAUGAAUUUUUUGGUAAAGGGGCAUACGACCCCAACGCUCAGUCAGAGGCCAAGGCGCGCCUCCAAGGUUUCGAGGGAGCGACCGCCAUUUCUUCCAAUGCUUAUUUUGGCCGGCCAGAGGAGGAAGAUGCUACUGAAGACUAUGGGGAUCUUGAGACUGCGGCCAAAGAUUUCAUUCGCAAAUUUGGCAUCACUGCUGGUGAUGACCUUGACAAUCUUACGAGCGCGCUCGGCGAAGGGGCUACUCGGCUACAAGGGGCGAUCCGGAACUAUCUGAAUAGCUAAGCUACCCUAGUAUUCCGACUUGGCCAUGGGACUACCCUAGAACAAAACAUCCCAUCAUUUACAAGUGGUUUGAGGGGGGAUGAAGAUGCGAACAUGCAUCACAUGAGGAAUGGGACUUGAAUAUUCCAGGAAAGAUGAAGGGGAUCGCGUUAGCCCUUGAUAUAUGUGAAAUCGGCUUGAGAAUUCUGCUUCCGACGGACCGGGAAUGAGAUAAAAGUGAAGAACCUCUCUGCAAUGGAAUAACGCUACUGACAGUUUAUUUACCACACCUCCAUAACCUCCUCAACAGCGGACUAGUUCCAUAAGUGAGUAGAGUCUAUCUACCUAGAUAAUUACAUAUAAAAAAAGCAGUGUCACAGCGGAUAGGUAGGUAGUCGAAGAACGCGCUCGCCUUUCUUCCCUUGGCUUGUUUAGAACAAUCAGUAGAUAUGUAUCAAUUAAAAGGCAUUCUUCCGGGAUUCCAACAUAGGUCGAUAUAAUUGUGCAAUUGUGCACGUACACUAGGCACCUAAAGUGCAAUGCGAUAGUUC